AAUUAUAUGCGGCGCAGUGCUCUGAUAGCGAGCGAAAGAGUGAACGAGUUUUGCUAUGGUGGUGAUUGGAAAUCAAAAAGAAUUACUUUAUACAAAAACCAUGGCAAAUAGUAAUGCCAAUAAUGAUUCCCUUAAUUCGAGUGAAACUAAACCCGCUUUCCCACGGCUCUACAAUAAAAUAGUGCUGACUUUAGAGAAUAGCCUAAUACCAGAGCCAAAACUUGAUCAGACCCCAUCACAUUUGGAUGGCUUGGAUGCGGAAACUGAAAAGGAUUUACGCAUAUUAGGUUGUGAGUUGAUACAGACUGCGGGUAUACUGCUGAAGCUGCCACAAGUGGCCAUGGCCACCGGUCAAGUGAUAUUUCAGCGUUUCUUUUAUUCCAAAAGUUUUGUGCGUCACAACAUGGAGACUGUGGCCAUGAGUUGUGUAUGUUUGGCAUCAAAAAUCGAGGAGGCGCCACGAAGAAUACGAGAUGUCAUUAAUGUCUUUCAUCAUAUCAAGCAAGUGAGGGCACAAAAGGAUAUAACUCCCAUGAUUUUGGAUCAAUAUUACACCAACCUCAAGACGCAAGUUAUCAAGGCGGAACGGCGAGUGCUGAAAGAAUUGGGCUUUUGUGUACAUGUGAAACAUCCACACAAACUAAUUGUCAUGUAUCUGCAGGUAUUAAAGUAUGAAAAACAUGAGCAGCUAAUGCAGAUGUCUUGGAAUUUUAUGAAUGAUUCUUUACGUACCGAUGUUUUCAUGCGCUACAAUCCCGAAACUAUAGCCUGUGCUUGCAUUUAUUUGAGUGCUAGAAAAUUAUCCAUAGCAUUACCUUCAGCGCCCAAUGCCUGGUAUGGGAUUUUUCAAGUGACCGAAGAGGACAUAAUUGACAUAUGCUACCGUGUUAUGGAAUUAUAUACAAGGGGAAAACCUAAUGUUGAAAAGUUAGAAGCGGCAGUGGAAGAGUUAAAGAAACGUUAUAUAGAAUCGCGUAAUAAGACAAAGGAAACUCAUACACCACCCGCAGUUACUACAGUGGAUCGUAACAAUGGUUCGCAUAAUGCCUGGGGUGGCUUUAUACAGCGCGCGGUACCUUUACCAUUACCCAGCGAAAAAUCUCCCAGCAAGGAAUCUCGCUCACCGUCCAGAUCACGUUCGCGAGAUUCAAGGCGAACGCCCAUAUCAAGAACACGUUCCAGAUCGAGAACUCGAUCGCGUUCAGUUUCUCCAGCACGUUAUAAGAAAUCACGCAGGGAUCGUGAUCGAGGAAGAGACCGUGAACGUGAAAGAGAACGCGAAAGAGAGCGAGAACGCUCACCUCAACAAUCGAAGGGCAAGAAGAAAUCCCGCAACUAUUCGCGUUCACCAUCCAGUUCGCCACAUUCCAAACAUCGUAAAAGGAAAUCUUCUAGAGAUCGUCAUAAUGACAAAUAUAAUCACGAUAGACGUGAUAAAUACGAUGAUCGAGACAAACGACCCACCAUGCAUCAUCACCACCACCAUUCAUCGUCCUCUUCCACCAGCAAGCAUCAUCAUAGUAACUAUAAUUCAUCGCAUCGUGAUUCUCACCGCGAGACUUCCAGAGAUUCUAGAAAUCGAAAGCGCUGACAUGAUCACUAUCUGCGCACUAUUGACGAACUGGUAGUUAUCGAUUAAGGGGUACAUGAACAUAUUAUUCUUAAAUUAUGUUACAUAUUGGGUUUUGUUUUCAAUACAAGACCAGAAACUUAUUAAUAUUAAACAAAAUUUUACCAGCAUCAUUUAUGUACAUAAAUUAUUAAAGCAAAUAAACGCUGCUUCCCUUCAUCUUAAGCAAAGUAUUGUGUUCCAUAA